AUGCCCACGCCCAUCUUCAACAACUUCGACUUCUCCUCGCCCCACCGUCCGACAGUCUCGUCGCCACUGUCGUCGUCGCCCCUCCGACCGUCGCAGUACUCGCCACCGCCCCUAUCUGCGCGCGACCCGAACACGCUGCCCCGACGCGACGUGCAGUCAUCGCCUAUAAAAGGGCCGUCGUCCAAAUUCUUCAAGUACGCGUCGCGCAAUGCGAGACCCAACCCGCUGCGUCAGAAUCGGGAGAACGCGCAGGAUGGCCGGAGGAAACUGUUCCUGAAGAACGUGCGGCAGCGGGCGGAUGAUAAUAAGUGGGAUAGGAGAGGAGGUGACCAGGAGACAUUGAAGCUCGAAUGGGCCGUUUUGGACAGGAGACGGAGACAACAAAGGGAGUCGGAUUUGGACGGCAUUGUAUGCGAGGACGAGAUUGAAGACAUUCCCGAACUUCCGCCCCAAGUACCACAGGAACCCGACGAUGACGUGAUGGUGGACGCCAUUGCGCAGGAAGAGGAACGAGAGAUGGAGGCGAUGUUGUCCAUGCUAGAGGCCGAGUCGUCCUCCCAAGCAUCCGCCAGACCCAAUUCACCAUCAUUGUCCGACGACGAUGACUACGACAGUCUGUUUAUGGACCUCGUGUCGCAAGAGGAGAGCGGCAGUCAAUACUGUGUAUCAUCAGGCCAGAUGGACAUCUCGUGA